ACCCGUCAUGUCCAGCACACAGAAGAGCUCUGAGAUUGGUGAUUAUGUCGACACAACCCUUGUUUCUGGCCACCAUCAGCAGGACGUCGUGAGAAGACACAAACUGGAGGAGGCGGGGAGCAGCACAGAGGAAUGCGAUAGGAACAAUAACCACAGCAGCGAUGAUGGCAGUCAGAUUAAAACAGAUGGAGUAGCUGCCCCUCAUCAGUCUAAACAGAACGGGAAGAAACCUAUCAAAUCCCAAUUGAUCACGUCAAAGUCAGGCAGACGAUCGGCAAGGGCCUUAGAAUUUGACAAACUGGAGCGAGCCGGUGUAGAUCAGGAAUUCCUGCGACGUUAUAAAAAGGUUUGUUUUGUUUAUAGGAACAUAGUUUUAGGUUUUAUAGGAACAUAGUUUGGCUUCAAGCGUAGACUUCAUGGUAGUUUCAAAUAUUGGAAAAAAUUCCUGUAAAUUUCUAGAUGUUGCUCGCACUAUUUUUCUCUAUAACGGAGGUCGAAGUUAUUAUUAUUUUUUCUUCAACGUACAAUUCAAAAAAAUAUUUUAAGUCAUACAACAUCACCUGGAGGUUUGUCCACGGAUAUCUUAAAUGGGUUUUCAUUUGAUAAGCCAAAAAUUUUAAUUAUAUCAGAGCUUAAAUAAUAAUUUUUGUCAAUCUUAUGUUUCAUUACCAAAAAUAUAUCUUUAUAGAACUCUCAUCGUCACGCUUAUGUUGUAGAUCAAUUACUAGACAUGUGACGAUUGGGAAUGUUGCAUUGCAAGACGUCAAUUCAGGAGAAUGUAGGAAUAUGUUACUCAACAUGUGAACACACUUGGGUUAAAAUAUACAUACAUAAAUAUAUAUAAAGAUUUAUUGCCUAUGUGCCAUCUUCAAUACAACCUAUCAAUAUAUAUAUAGAUUAUCCUGAACAACUUUUAGGAUCAUAUUCAGCACAGGCCAGGCCAUAGAAACAGAAUCUGCCAAAAGAUCCGCCUGGUUGAAAUAUUUCUGUUCUAUAUAGGUCAUAUUUAUUAAAACACUAUAUGCAGAACAAUACUACAGAACUAACUCCCCCUACAUCGCACAAAGUAUUUAACCACCCUCUAUCUGCCCUCCCCCACUUACACACACACUCAUGCAAGACUUGUAUCCUAAGCUGACUUGAACUCCGCAUGUUUUAUUGUGGUGAGAUGAGCCCCACCAUGGUGAGAUGAGACCCACCAUGGUGAGAUGAGACCCACCGUGGUGAGAUGAGACCCACCAUGACUCUCCUUUUUUUCCCAACUUUCUGCAAUCUUCACAUCUUGAUCAAAAGAGCUCACUACAAGAAAACAUUAACUCAUGAUUCCAUGACCUUGGCACUUAGCAUUAAUUCAUUUUUUUAACUAAUGAAAAAUUGUCAGGGUUUUUGUUGCUUUUGUUUAAUUUAAACAAGUGUUUAACCGGAUGCAAUUUAAACAAGGGGUUAACCAGGUGCAAUUUAAACAAGUGGUUAACCGGCUGCAAUUUAAACAAGUGGUUAACCGGGUGCAAUUUAAACAAGGGGUUAACCAGGUGCAAUUUAAACAAGUGGUUAACCGGGUGCAAUUUAAACAAGUGGUUAACCGGACGCAAUUUAAACAAGUGCUUACCCAAGUGCUUACCCGGUUGCAAUUUUUUUAAACAGGGUCAGGGUAUUUUGAGAAAAUACCCGAUGGGUCCAAAAAUAGUUAACUUCUCAUUUUCUAUAAAUAAAGUGGCAUACAGACAAUCCUACACCCUAACCUGCCAGCCUUUAAACAAUAGACCUACCGACAGUCCUACACCCUACCGCUGGCCUUUAAACAAUAGACCUACCGACAGUCCUGCACCCUACCUGCCCGCCUUUAAACUAUAGCCCUACCGACAGUUCUACACCCUACCCGCUGGCCUUCAAACAAAGGCCUACAGACAGUCCCAUACCAUACCAAUUUAUAAAAGAUAUUUAGAUGGAGACAACGAUGGGGAGAACAUAGCAUGAAAUGGAGAGAAGAUACAAUAAGAUGGAGAGAAGAUGCAAUAAGAUGGAGAGAAGAUGCAAUAAGAUGGAGAGAAGAUGCAAUAAGAUGGAGAGAAGAUACAAUAAGAUGGAGAGAAGAUGCAAUAAGAUGGAGAGAAGAUACAAUAAGAUGGAGAGAAGAUACAAUAAGAAGGAGAGAAGAUACAAUAAGAUGGAGAGAAGAUACAAUAAGAUGGAGAGAAGAUACAAUAAGAUGGAGAGAAGAUACAAUAAGAUGGAGAGAAGAUACAAUAAGAUGGAGAGAAGAUACAAUAAGAUGGAGAGAGCAAAAGAUAAUACAGAAGUAAGGCAUUUCCAAAGCCAAUUUCACAUUUUUUUCUUCUGUAAUGGUUGACAAGAUGCACCUGGAUGGUGAAGUGGACUUCUGUAAUGGUUGACAAGAUGCACCUGGAUGGUGAAGUGGACUUCUGUACUGGUUGACAAGAUGCCCCUGGAUGGUGAAGUGGACUUCUGUAAUGGUUGACAAGAUGCACCUGGAUGGUGAAGUGGACUUCUGUAAUGGUUGACAAGAUGCACCUGGAUGGUGAAGUGGACUUCUGUAAUGGUUGACAAGAUGCACUUGGAUGGCGAAGGGCAAAAUUUGUGGCGAUUGAUUCAAAUAUAUUUUGUCAAAAGAACAAAAAAACUUUUAUUCAGCUAUAGUUUAUAUCUUAAAUUUUAAACCUUUUCUUAAUCAAGUCAUCCAUGAUGGAGUAUGACUUUUAAACUUGACCCAUCCAUGAUGGAUUAUAAAUUUUAAACUUGAGCCAUCCAUAAUGGAUUAUGACUUUUAAACUUGAGCCAUCCAUGAUGGAUUAUGACUUUUAAACUUGAACUGUUGUACAGAUGAGCCCUUCAGAAAGAAAACAAGAACUCCUCAGACAACGCUCCAUGUUGCUUGAGGAACAGAAGAGGUUGAAGCUACUCUUGGCAGCACAGGAGGCCCAGCUCAAGGUACUUGGGUUAGAUCCUUUAGAUAGAACACAGGAGGCCCAGCUCAAGGUACUUGGGUUAGAUCCUUUAGAUAGAACACAGGAGGCCCAGCUCAAGGUACUUGGGUUAGAUCCUUUAGAUAGAACACAGGAGGCCUAGCUCAAGGUACUUGGGCUUAGAUCUUUUAGUCAUAAUGUUAGUGAACAAAUAUAAUCUUAGUUGUCAAAUAUAAUGUUAAUGGCCAAAUAUAAUGUUAGUGGCCAAAUAUAUUGCUAAUGGCCACACAUUAUAUUAAUUGCCAAAUAUUGUGACUUGUCUUGUAGUUACUGUGCUUAUAUCAACUUGUCUUGUAGUUGCUGUGCUUAUAUCAACUUGUCUUGUAGUUACUGUGCUUUUAUCAACUUGUUUUGUAGUUACUGUGCUUAUAUCAACUUGUCUUGUAGUUGCUGUGCUUAUAUCAACUUGUUUUGUAGUUACUGGGCUUAUAUCAACUUGUCUUGUAGUUGCUGUGCUUAUAUCAACUUGUUUUGUAGUUACUGUGCUUAUAUCAACUUGUCUUGUAGUUACUGUGCUUAUAUCAACUUGUUUUGUAGUUACUGUGCUUAUAUCAACAUGUCUUGUAGUUACUGUGCUUAUAUCAACUUGUCUUGUAGUUGCUGUGCUUAUAUCAACUUGUCUUAUAGUUACUGUGCUUAUAUCAACUUGUCUUGUAGUUCCUGUGCUUAUAUCAACUUGUCUUGUAGUUACUGUGCUUAUAUCAACUUGUCUUGUAGUUGCUGUGCUUAUAUCAACUUGUCUUGUAGUUACUGUGCUUAUAUCAACUUGUCUUGUAGUUACUGUGCUUAUAUCAACUUGUCUUGUAGUUACUGUGCUUAUAUCAACUUGUUUUGUAGUUACUGGGCUUAUAUCAACUAGUCUUGUAGUUACUGUGCUUAUAUCAACUUGUUGUGUAGUUACUGGGCUUAUAUCAACUAGUCUUGUAGUUACUGGGCUUAUAUAACUUGUCUUGUAGUUACUGUGCUUAUAUCAACUUGUUUUGUAGUUACUGGGCUUAUAUUAACUUGUCUUAUAGUUACUGGGCUUAUAUCAACUUGUCUUAUAGUUACUGGGCUUAUAUCAACUUGUCUUAUAGUUACUGGGCUUAUAUCAACUUGUCUUAUAGUUACUGGGCUUAUAUCAACUUGUCUUAUAGUUACUGGGCUUAUAUCAAGUUGUUUUAUAGUUACUGGGCUUAUAUCAACUUGUCUUAUAGUUACUGUGCUUAUAUCAACUUGUCUUAUAGUUACUGGGCUUAUAUCAACUUGUCUUAUAGUUACUGGGCUUAUAUCAACUUGUCUUAUAGUUACUGGGCUUAUAUCAACUUGUCUUAUAGUUACUGUGCUUAUAUCAACUUGUCUUAUAGUUACUGUGCUUAUAUCAACUUGUUUUAUAGUUACUGGGCUUAUAUCAACUUGUUCUUUAGUUGCUGGGUUCUGUUGUGCACAUCCCUGACUAAUUAAUUUUUGUCCAGAUGAAACAAAUGGAUGCCUUGAAAAAGAUGGAUGAGACAGACGGGUUGUCUGAGAAAGACCGUACAGAAAUUAUCGUAAGUUGUUACAGCAAUGCUUGCACUGGAAUGUCAAUGUUUUUAGUUUAGCUUAAUUUAUAUUACAGCAUUUUUACUUGCUUUCUUUAGGGGUGAUUACUGUAUCACGUUAAUGUACUUUGAUAUUUUAUUUAGACCAUGAACAGUUCACUGAAAGCGAUGGAGCAGGACUUGAAGAAAAAAGAUCAAGAAUUGCACAGAAGUCAGAACAUUUCGGCCAGACAUCAUAGCAGUGAAACAUCACCAAGAGAUGACCAGAGACCUGAUGAUGACAAGCAAAAUGUUUCAUCGAGUACAAGGAGGGGCCAACCGUUGCUUGGUGCUGAAAGUAAUGGUGAUGUGCUGAAGGCUGAUGCUGAACUUAGCGGCGAGUCGGAGAUGAAACUGAACGGAAAAGAUGGUGAUGAGUGUGUUGUGUACGUCAGUGAAGUGAAAGAGAGAGUUGUGAAAAAACUGGACUAUUCUCAGCAGUCCGACACAGGUUGGUGAAAUUGGCAUAUCUUAGAUUGUGUGCCCUGUGAAAUGAUUGUGUGCCCUGUGUCAUGAUUGUGUACCCUGUGACAUGAUUGUGUGCCCUGUGACAUGAUUGUGUGCCCUGUGACAUGAUUGUGUGCCCUGUGACAUGAUUGUGUGCUCUGUGACAUGCAUGAGCUAGAUGCAGUUGUCUGACACAUGUUGGUGACAUUUGCUUAUCUUAUAUUGUGUACUCUGUGACAUGAUUGUCAAAAUGUGACAAAAUGCUCUAUUACUCGAGUCCAGCAUCUUUGAGUAUUUCCUGGCAAUGUUUUUCAAUGGUAUCGAUGGUUCUCUGCAACACUGUCUAUCAAUGAAUACCCAGCCACACCGCGAAUAUUCUAACACAAACACUUUAUGAAUGACUAGGGUUCUUCUUUAUGCCAUUUAUCUGUCACGCAGGUUCACCUGGUUACAGUAUCUCCUUAUCACUACACAGACUGUCCAAAUACACUGGAGCUAUCAGUCAAGAAUGUCUCAUGACCAUCUCCUGAAUCAACUCUCUCUCUUGCCACACUCUCGAUCUCACGCCUUGUAUCCACACACUUGUUCAUUAUUCUGUUCCUGUCAUCCAGUGAUCAUUCAGACACUCUCACGACACAACUCAUGAACACAAACAGUGUUCGUACAAACAACAGUUAUUCUCAUUUCCUUGACAUCCAGAUCAGCACAUUUAGUAUCAAAUGGAAAGUGUUCACAUCUUCACUGUUGUUAAAUUAUUCUGGUACUUACCACUUGAAAACCUGCCAUCUUCUUCAUAUAUUAUGGAAUGGAUUAAUUGAGGAUUUAUCAAGUUUGAAAUAAAUCAAAAGCCCCUUUUUUCUAAUUUUGGCCUUGUAACAUUACGCCCAUCAAGUUACAUAGAAAUUUCACAAACCAACAAACAGAAGUAUCUUUUUACUUGUAUAUCAUGUUUUAAAAAUCUCAUUUGUAAAAAAUUCAUGUCCAAGACCGAAAAAUAAUUUCAUUCAGAAAUGAAUGUUCCCUCCUGUUGCAUCAACAGAUUCAAUCAUUCUCCAUUGAGAUUAAAUAAAGGACACAUUCAAUCAUGUGGAUAGUUAUUCUCAUGUUGUUUUAAAAUUUCAGAAAGCAACGCCUCAAGUAGGAAGGUUUCGUCCAGAGUUUCUAGGGACAACCUCAGCGGCAGUGCAUCAACAGAGGCUGUCGUCAGCAGAGACAGGCCAAAGGGAGGUAACAGGGACGUCAUGUCCUCACCACCUCAACACUCUGACGCAUCCACCAGCGUCUCAUACAGUCACCUACCAAGGUGGGUCAUUAUUAUCGGUGGUAGUCCAGCUGUAAGUCUCCCGUGUUUGUCCAUCUGGGACCAAUGCGAUUCUGUUCAAAUUUAAUGCCAUCCAAUCAAAAUCAAACAGCAGAAACACUUUUCAUGUUAAUCUCUGAGCUCCUCAUUGAAGAACACUUUUCAUGCUAAUCUCUGAGCUCCUCAUUGAAGAACAUUUUUCAUGCUAAUCUCUGAGCUCCUCAUUGAAGAACAUUUUUCAUGCUAAUCUCUGAGCUCCUCAUUGAAGAACAUUUUUCAUGCAAAUCUCUGAGCUCCUCAUUGAAGAACAUUUUUCAUGCUAAUCUCUGAGCUCCUCAUUGAAGAACAUUUUUCAUGCUAAUCUCUGAGCUCCUCAUUGAAGAACAUUUUUCAUGCUAAUCUCUGAGCUCCUCAUUGAAGAACAUUUUUCAUGCUAAUCUCUGAGCUCCUCAUUAAAGAACAUUUUUCAUGCUAAUCUCUGAGCUCCUCAUUGAAGAACAUUUUUCAAAGUGUAUCUGACAUGGAUUUUUUUUUUGUGUGUAGUUGUUUAUGAUGGUUUAGCUUGACGUCUAUUAAUAGGAGAAGAUUACAUCCUGACAGCCGUGUCCUCAACAUAGCAUCUUAUUCUGUGUCUGAGUCUGUUUUGUAAAAAUCAUGAAAAGUUAUUUUUAGAUCUUGACCUAUUGAUCACAUUAUAAUUAGAUAAUGUAUUGUAAUAGUUGUAUUGAAUUUUUAAAAUUAGUUUUAUCAAGGGCUUAUCAAGGAGGGACUUCUUUGAGUGUCUUGCCAAUGUGACAGUUUAUAUGAAUAUAUAGGAGGAUCAAAAUAAUGUUUUGUUGAAAGACUUCAUGUCAGCAAACACAAUACAAAAAAUAUGAUAGAAAUUUGAACAUCUCACAAUGACAUUAGAACUUGAACAUCACACAAGGACAUUAAGAUUUGAACAUCACACAAGGACAUUAAGAUUUGAACAUCACAAAAUGACAUUAAGACAUGAACAUCACACAAUGACAUUAAGAUUUGAACAUCACACAAGGACAUUAAGAUUUGAACAUCACACAAGGACAUUAAGAUUUGAACAUCACACAAUGACAUUAAGACAUGAACAUCACACAAUGACAUUAAGAUUUGAACAUAACACAAAGACAUCAAGACUUGAACAUCACACAAGGACAUUAAAAGCCAUUACUGACUGAUUCUUGAUGAUUUAUUCAAUGGGUGCCUGUUUUGGUGUGGAGAUUAUUUGUGCAGCUUUUUCUAUGUGUUUUGUGUUUCUUUCGUAUGUGGGUAUGCGAAAUGACCUUGCAUUUUGCUAGUAAGUGAGACCACAGGAAGAAAGAAGAAAGGAAGCAAGCACAAUGUUCAAUAAAGAACCAUUUUUCUUAUAGCUCAUUGAUUUGAUGAAAUGAUUAAAUCCAAGUGGUAGUUCAUAACACUGCGCACUAAGAAAAGUCGCCAAAACUAUUGUGAAUUUCUAUUCCACAUGAUUGACCAGGUAUCACAAGCACACCACAGAAACUGACUGGAAAGUUUGUAGGUCAAAGAGUACAAGGUCGGUUGUCAGUAAUACAAAAGAGAAGCAUGUGCCUUCAAGAACUUAUAACUCAAUCGGGUAAGAAGAUCAAAUAUGUAGGUCCUGCAGAUUCUAAGUAGCUCAGACACUAUACAUUUUUUUUUUAUUUUAAGCUAUGAUUCUGGUUUCAGCUGCUCUUAUUGAUACGUAAUAGCCUAGGCACUAGGCAUUGUGAGCAGGCUGAAUACUUAAGAAAACUUUAAUUUUUUUUUUUUUUUAGUUUUUAAACUAAGAUUUAGCGGGGGGGGGGGUUAUUUUUUUUUUUUUUAGUUUUUAAAAUAAGAUUUUGGGGGGGGGGGGGGGUAAUUUGUCUACAGAAUGGCUGACAAAUGAAUGAGAGGUAUAAUGGGACAAGAGUUGCAGAGAAGAUCCACUAUGCUGACAUGAUGUCAGUAUAUCCAGUAGGCUGGCUGGUGAGAUCAUAUCUCAGAAUGAGCCAAUGGGAUUUAUUAACAACCCAUGUGCAUAAAUUGUUUAUUGUCAUCGCUAGCUUAAACUAAAUGAAUUACGGUACUGAAAUUACCUGUUUAAAAUUAAAUAAAUGAAGACAAAAUUUAUGUCAAAAAUUUCUCUCUUAAUUAUUGUUGUUUACUAGCUGUUAAUUCAAGUUCAAAAUUUAACAAAAUCAAUUUAUAUAUUCUAAUCUUUAAGAUCUAUUUCUCCUGCCAUGUGUAAUGAAAUGUGUAUUGAAAUGUAUAGUUAAAUGUGCAGUUAAAUGUGUAGUAAAAUUUGUAUUGAAAUGUGUAAAAUUAACAACAACCAGCCCCCUGCAAUCAGUCCUCUUCAACAAGUCACCUCUAACCAGCCCCCUCCAACUAGCCCCAUGAAACCAGCUCCCUGCAAGCAGCCGCCUCCAACCAACCUGCCCCAGCAACCAGCCCCCUCCAACCAACCUGCCCCAGCAACCAGCCUCCUCCAACCAACCUGCCCCAGCAACCAGCCCCCGCCAACCAACCUUGCCCCUGCAACCAGCCCCCUCCAAUCAGCCCCCUCUAACCAGCCCCCUCCAACCAACCUGCCCCAGAAACCAGCCCCCUCCAGACAGUCCCCUCUAACCAGCCCUCCUUCCCUGCAACCAGCCCCCUCCAACCAGUCCCCUCCAACCAGCCCCCCUCUAACCAGUCUCCUCCAACCAGUCCCCUCCAACCAACCAGCCCCCUUCCAACCAACCAGGCCCAUCUAACCAGCUCCAAAUAACCAGCCUCUGCCCUCACCAAACCUCAAAACUUUUUUUCCCUUUGAUUCUUCCAACAGAGAAAUAACUCUGUCUGUGCUGGACAUCAUUAACGCAAUGGAUGACCCUCAUCAAAUUUCUCCUGUCAAAGAUAUUAUUAAGACAGACGGAAACAAGAUCCAUGAUGACAUACACAAGAUUUAUGAUGACAGACAUGAUAUCCACGAUGACACACACAAGAUCUAUGAUGACAGACAAGAUAUCCAUGAUGACAAACACAAGAGCUAUGAUGACAUACAAGAUACCCAUGAUGACAAACACAAGAUCUAUGAUGACAGAUAUGGUAUCCAUGAUGACAGACACAAGAUCUAUGAUGACAGAUAUGAUAUCCAUGAUGACAGACACAAGAUCUAUGAUGACAGAUAUGAUAUCCAUGAUGACAGACACAAGGUCUGUGAAGACACCAGUGACUUGGACAGCAGACACACCUGCAAUAUCAAGCACAAAUCUGAGCCCAACAUCAAUCUCAGCAACUGUUCACAACAAUCUUCGUCAUUGUUACAUAUCUCUAGGUCAUCGGUUCAUCAAAAUCAUGCGCGUGACGGCGUCCAUUCUGAGCUGCCACCAACAAAAAAGCCAAGUGUAAAAUCUGGUCAAAUAAAUCAUUCAAUGCCACCAGCAGACGCAGACCCACACUUGAGCUUGUUUGUGCUGAGGAGAAAUUUGUCAGAAAUUUCCCCGAGACCAAUCGCCAAGUGUAGAAAAAUUAAUACUGACAAAGACAGAGGCUUAAGGGGGAUUAAGUCUGAUGAUGAGGACGGCAGCAGUGGCAGACAGCUGAGUGAGCAUCAUGACUUUGAAACACUGGACAGAGUUAUGUCCCCUCAUGGUGUUCACCGCGUGACGUCCAGGGAUGAUUUUCAGGGCUUAGACAUCAUGCUUCAAACUAUUGAUGCCAUUGAUGACGGAAGGCCGGGCUUGCUUGACGGCAAUGAUGAGGUUUGUUUGUCAGACCUUGAGGAGAGUAAAAUUCUAGAGGAAGUGUUUUUCAUUUGACGUGCGAUUUGUUUUGGAACUUCCUAGGAAUAAAGUGAAUUCUGCAACUGAAAAGGCACUCAGGUCAGGGGUGUAAGAGAUUUCAUGGGCUGGUUGCACAAUUUGAAAGAAUGGUUCAAGGGACAUUUCAAGAGUUGGUUGCACAAUGUGAAACAAUGGUUCAAAGGACAUUUCAAGAGCUGGUUGCACAAUGUGAAACAAUGGUUCAAGGGACAUUUCAAGAGCUGGUUGCACAAUGUGAAACAAUGGUUCAAGGGACAUUUCAAGAGCUUAGACAGUUGAACCAUUCUUUCCAAUUCAUUGGUUGUAGUUGUUUGUGUGCAGUACAAAGUGAUCCAAACAGCCAACUGUUAUAUCUCAAUCUGCUCCACUUUAACCUUUACAAAAAGGUUUUCAACAUAUUUUGAAGCUGCUUCAUUUAAUGAACAUUUCAUUUGUCUUUUUUUCUUUUUGUGCGUUGAGUGAUGCAUUGGUGUCAGAAAUUGCAUUAAGCUGUGCUGGGGUUAAGUGAUGCAUUGGUGUCAGAAGUUGCAUUAAGCUGUGCUGGGGUUCAAUUUGUAACAAAACAAAUUAGCAAGUUGUGCUUUAUUUUGAAAUGUAAGAGUGAUCUGUCCACUGC